AGAUCUAAUCUUUGCCACACCUUCUGUUGGAAGCCUAAUAAGACAUGGAAGAAGCAAGCUUUUGCCCUUGUCUGCUUUGCCUUGCCUUACUAGCAAGUCCAUUUUUUCACUGGCAUUAGAGCCUACUUCUUUGGGAUUCUUGCAUAUACAAAAGACCAGUUGAGUCAUCUAGCCUUGUAGAUUGAACAACUACUGGAUUCUUGGAUUUUCUGUUCAUAGCCGGCCAAUGUUGAACUAUCUGGACCACAGCCUGUGUGGAGCAUGUCAGAGGACACUAAGGGUCCUACAGAGCCCCUGGUGGGGUCCAGGAGCCUCUGGAAGGACCUCAGGGUACUCCUGCCUGAUACAGAGGGGGAGCUGAAGCUGGAGCUCAGUGAGAAGGUGGACAGGAGCAUGACUAUGCUGCUGCAGCAGGCUGUGGGCCUGUUCUAUGCAGGACAUUGGCAGGAGUGCCUGCAGGCCAGCGAGGCCAUCCUGGACUACUCCUGGGAAAAGCUCAACACUGGGCCCUGGCGAGAUGUAGACAAGGAAUGGCGCCGCGUAUACUCCUUCGGCUGCCUCCUGAAGACCCUGUGCCUCUGUCAGGCACCACAGAAGGCCACUGCAGCGGCCGAAGCGCUGCGGGUGUGUGACAUGGGCCUGUUGAUGGGGGCAGCGAUCCUUGACGACAUCCUUCUCAAAGUCAUCUCAGUCCUCCAGGCAUACCUUCUCCCAGGAAAGCAGCCUGCCUGUGGCCCCCACCAGGACCAGCCUGCCGCCAAGAAGGUGAGGUGUGACUCCAACUCAGCUCCGGAUGUGGCGUUAGAGCGGGCAGUACCCAGGCUUCGAUGCCCAACCCUGCAGCACUUCAGGAAGCACUUUCUCGUUCCUGGGAGGCCUGUGAUCUUGGAGGGUGUGGCUGACCACUGGCCGUGCAUGAAGAAGUGGAGUCUGCAGUACAUCCAGGAGAUUGCUGGCUAUCGCACUGUCCCGGUGGAAGUGGGUUCAAGGUACACAGAUGAAGACUGGUCCCAGACCCUCAUGACCAUCAAUGAGUUCAUCCACAAAUACAUCCUGAGUGAGGCAAAGGACGUUGGGUAUCUUGCUCAGCACCAGCUAUUCGACCAGAUCCCAGAGUUGAAGCAGGACAUCAGCAUCCCUGAUUACUGUUGCCUGGGUGACGGGGAGGAGGAAGAGAUCACUAUCAAUGCCUGGUUUGGUCCCCAAGGAACCAUCUCCCCACUGCAUCAUGACCCCCAGCAGAACUUCCUGGUCCAGGUAUUAGGAAGGAAGUACAUCCGGCUGUAUUCCCCGCAAGAGUCUGAGGCUGUGUACCCUCAUGAGACACACCUUCUUCAUAACACCAGCCAGAUGCUGAGACGGACCAGGCAGAAGAACAGCAUGGACCAUAGCUCGGCUUCCCAGGACCCUACAAUAAAUCUCUCGUGCUAUAUUGAGUUCUUAUCCCCUAAUAAAUCCCCGUCCUUUAAACAGACUCCAUGGAUUUCUCACCAUACCUGGCACCCAACAUGGGUUGGGUGGGUCCUCCCUGGCCCUUAUCCAUGCAGAUAAACUGCCAGGAGAGCUAGCCUCUUACUCCUGCUGGCUCAGACCCUGGCUGCCUCCCAAGCCGUGGAUCUCUCGCCAUACAGCUGCUAAGCUGAGGGGUAUGCUCUGGUUUGGACACCAAACAGCAAGGGCUGGACAGGAUUUGAGGACCAUGUAAAUGCCAGGGACAAGGAGGCUGGACUGACUCUCAGGCUACUUGCUGAAAUAACUGGUGGGCAGAUGGGGAACAAAAGGCCCCAUGGGAACAGCACAAAUCAAGUCCAGCCCAGCCUGCAAGAGGCUACUGCAUUUGGGACCAGAGGAAGGUGCUAUUGUGGCUG